AUGGCUGGGUAUGGACCUCUGCGUCUUUUGUGUCGCACAACUGCUGCAUCCGCCAGCGCACAUGCUGAACCCGGUUUUAUUGCAACCCGCAUCGCUGGCGUUGCUACGUGGAGGCAGAUGACCACUCUCGGGACUCCGGGAAGCAAGGAAUCGAUGAAAGAGGAGCUGAAGAAUCGUGCAUGGCCAGACAAAGGCACCACGAUCCAGGAAGGAGCGGAAGACAAGGCCAAGGCUGCCAAGGAGGCAGGUUAUGAGAGAGCAUAUGAAGACGCUUCUGAUAUCUACAAGGCGGAAGGUGUGGGUGGGAAGGUGAAGCAGGCAGGGCAUAUGGUUGCGGAUGCAGCAAAGGGUGUGGGUGAGAUGGCAUCUAAGGUGGCAGACAUGGGCAAAGAAGGCAUGGGUCGCGCUGCUGAAACUGCUAGGGGACUGGCGGGUGCGGCCCCUCCUAAUGCAGAGGAGAGGAGGGAGAAGGUGGAUGCUAUGGGAAAGAGGACUGUUGAGGGUGUUGCAGAUGCUGCUAAGUCUGCUGCUGAAGUGGGCGGACAGAGGGGUGGCUCAUGA